AACCUUUUCCUUUGAGACCCAGACAAGAUGGGUAUUAGCCGAGAUCAUUGGCAUAAACGGAGAGCUACAGGCGGCAAACGCGCACCUAUCCGCAAGAAGAGGAAGUACGAGUUAGGUCGUCCAGCCGCAAAUACUAAAUUAGGACCACAGCGCAUACAUUUGGUGCGGUCCCGUGGUGGUAACACCAAAUACCGCGCCCUGCGCCUUGACACUGGAAAUUUCUCAUGGGGCUCAGAAUGUUCCACACGCAAGACCCGUAUUAUUGAUGUUGUAUAUAACGCUUCAAACAAUGAGUUGGUGCGGACUAAGACCUUGGUAAAGAAUGCUAUUGUUGUUGUUGACGCUACACCAUUCAGGCAAUGGUACGAGUCUCAUUACCUGCUGCCCCUGGGUAGAAAGAAGGGUGCCAAGCUGACUGAGGCUGAAGAAGCCAUUAUCAACAAGAAACGUAGCAAGAAAACUGCUAAGAAAUAUGUAACAAGACAGCGCCUUUCUAAAGUUGAGGCUGCUCUUGAGGAACAGUUUCACACAGGACGUCUACUAGCUUGCGUGGCGAGUCGGCCCGGCCAAUGCGGCCGUGCUGAUGGUUAUGUGCUAGAAGGCAAAGAGUUGGAGUUUUAUUUGAGAAAGAUCAAGUCAAAGAGGGCAAAGUAAGGAUGUAAACUUAU